AUGGAGCCCGCUGACGUCACCGACCAAGGCGACGACGCAGCUCGCCGCCGAUGCGUCUCGCCGUUCGGCGCCUGCGGGCGCUGGCUACGCAGCCUCGUCGAGCUCUACGGCCUCCGAACGCUGGCCGUGCUCUGCGGCACCAACUUGCUCUCGGGCCUCAUCUCGAUCGACCUCUUCGCCAUGUCGACGACGACGCUCAUGCUGCCAUGGGCGCUCAAGCCGAUCUGGGGACUCAUCACAGACACGGUCUCGAUCGGCGGCUUCCACCGCAAACCGUUCUACGUCCUCUGCGGCUGCUUGGCCUUUUGCUGCACGUCGCUGCUUGGGCUGCCAAACAUCGUGAGCUCGUACGAACUCGCACUAGGCGUCCUCCUCCUGCGCUCGGUCGGGUACGCGUUCAUUGACGUCAUCAUCGACGCGGUCCUCGCCGAGCAAGCGCGCAAGGACGUCGCGUCGGGCGCGCAGAACCUCCAGAGCAUUGCGUCCUUCCACAAGGCGCUGGGCGUCGUGCUCGCAUCGAUCCUCAAGGGCCCGCUCAUCACUGCCCUCGGACCCCGGCGCGUCUUUACCGUCAUGUCGUUCGUCAUGCCACUGCCGUACGUCGUCCUAUCCUGUGUCAUGGUCGAGGCCCGCAAUCCCUGCACCGACUCGAUCCGCGUCCGCAUGCGGCGCCAGAGCCGACUGCUCGCGACCUCGUUUGCAUCGCCGCUCGUGUGGCGGCCGGCGCUCUUCCUCCUCCUCUCGAUCUCGCUCUCGCCGACGAUCGUCCAGCUCGGCUUCUCGCCCAACUUUAUCGCGUCGCUCUCGCUGAUUGGCGCGCUCACGGCGAUGGCGACGACGCUCUUGUACCAAGCCAAGAUGAAGCACGUCGCGUUCCGGUCAGUCUUUGUAGGCAGUCAGAUCGGGGUCGUCUGUGCGAACGCUGCGACGCUCCUCCUCGUGACGCGCACGAACGUGAGUCUUGGGAUCCCCGACAAGGCGUUUGUGAUUGGCGAAGACAUUGCGAUCGUGAUCGUCAAGUACAUGCAGAUCAUGCCCAUCACGGUACUCUGCGCCAAGCUCUGCCCGCGCGGCGUCGAAGGCACGAUGUUUGCGGGCUUUGACUCGAUCAUGAACGGCUCGUACCUCAUUUCGGGCUACCUCGGCGCACUCAUUGCGCAGCACGCGGGCAUCACCGAGCGCAACUUUGAGCAUCUCUGGAUCGUCCAGCUCAUCAUUGUCGGCUCGCGCUUGCUCCCGUUCGUCUUUGUGUUUUGGCUCAUUUCUGACGACAUCAACGUCCUCACAACCAACGCUGCGCCCAAUGAGACCGAUGGCAAUGGCAAGGAAGAUGCCCACGCGCUGCGAAAAGAUUUGGUGCUCCUACCGCCUUUGGACGCGGUGGCGAGUGUGACUGAGCUCCAGAUCCGACACGUCUAACGUUACCUGUAUUACUGCGGAAAUGGGUACAGAUAGUGUAUGCCGGAAUGUAAUACGAGUAGUAUCUUUU